AUGAUUGUCUUUUUUCUACGGAAAGGGCCGAAACUCCUAGUGUUACUGCUUCUUGUUAUCAACAUCUUUCUACUCGCUUUUCUGUUGGUGGGAUGCAGCAGUUCCAGCUCGCAAUAUUCUAACGUCUACCUGGUCGAGUACAAAUUCAACCAGUCGUCUGCCUUUUACAACAAGAUAGAAAACGCAUAUUCAAGGUCUAAUAAUGACGAUCUGACCUCAAUGAGGGUUCUCGUCGGUUAUCGUGGUAUCUGUGUUAAAACAGACAGUGCGACAUUGUGCUCAACGAAUAUCGAAAAGACAAACUACAAAGAGAUUUAUCCGGGAGUCUCGCUUUACAAUACGGACGCAAAUUCCACUUCGUCCUCAUUGAGCCUGGUGGACAUGGCAGUUGAAUUCAACACCAAGGUGACCCAACCCUACAUUUUAAUGGCUAGCUUGGUGCUCACUCUGUUCUUGCUUGCAAGUUUGCUUUAUGCGUAUAUACCUCUUCUGCCUUGGAAAUGGGUGGCUCCGUAUACGAGUUUUGCUUUGAGUUCCGUCUUAUGCGUUCUUUGGGGUAUCGGCGGGAUGUGGGCUCACGUCGCUGCCAAAUCGGGAGCAGUUAUUGGAACCACGGCAUCAAUGACGAUCAUCGAAGGUUCGAUUGGCCACAGAGCCGCAGCCAUGAUAUGGAGCAGUUUCAGCUUUUAUGUUGUUUCACUAGUAUGCACCUCUGUGGGAUUGGCGAAACAAAUUCGGAGCAAGCAAGAGUCAUUGGAAAAAGAUAGCAAAAGCUUGGCAAGUAGCAUGCCCGGCACUUUUACAGGAAAAAACCCAUUUCCUACCGGAAGGGUAAGGCAAUUCGUGUAA